AUGCUGAGGAAGCCUCUGGGGUCUGCAAAGAAGCGAUUUCUCAUGAGACGGUUUCGUCCAGCAGGUGACGUGUGUCGGAAUGCUUUGACGAACGACAUGGCGCUGGUUAUACGGGCUGACUGCGAGGACACUGUUCUUUCUCCUCUCGCACUCACCACGAGUGCGGAGUUAGUGCAGCGGUCACCGGAAGCUCUUCUUAAUAACGCCAAUCGUCCCCUACAUGUGAUUCUGCUGCUGCUGUUACACCGCCGUGGCGUGCUGGAUAAUAAACAUACGCGUCAAGAGAUUGCACGUUUUUUGGUCCCUUCUGUGCAUCUCGACUGGCUGCCAUGGCUGUGGGGCGAUGAUGGGGAGUCUGUAUCCUCAUCCUCGACAGGGGACAUUUCUGCUUUGCGGACCUUGCCUCCGGUUGCAUGGUGGGGGUUGAUUGAGCAGGAGAAACCAAGUGAUCCCAGUGAUCAGUUGCAUUACUGGCACCAGGUGUUCUUUGCGUUAUCCGCCAAUCCUGCCUUUACAGAAACUGUGACAUUUGAUAGUGCUCACCGAGAGCUGCUCACCAUGGUGCGUGAGUAUUACAUCGAUGUUACACGCGUGCAAAAACUCCUACCCCCAUUGAAGGAUGGUACAAUUUUGACUCGCAUGCCACCGGUGCUUCUGCGCAAGCUUCGAAAGUUGUAUGUGGAGCAGUAUCGUCUUGUGCAAUAUGCCGAACUCUUCCGUGCCGUAGUAGAUGGAGAGGAACUUGCUAUGCCAGAAGAUGGCACUGCUCUGUUGCAUGAUGCAGAGCUCUUUGAAUACUACCUAACUAUCCCUGGUCGUCGCGAAUCAGGGAUGGAACGUGAAAGGAGAUGGACGUGUACACUCGAGUAUGCUGUUUUUGCUUUUCAUAACUUGUUCCGUCAGCAGCGUUGGACUGGAGACACCGUCAACACGGCGUUGUCACGCCCCGUUACACUUCUUAUGAACAUUUGCGUCUUUUCAAAGAAUGACAAUGCGGAGGGUUAUCGCUACCGGGAGGCUAUUCUCAGUGUGAUGCAUUUGUUUCACACUUGGUGUAGGAAUGGCGGUGACGGGAAAGUUGAUUGCGAUGUCUCCUCUGACACUGCAUGGGAGUUGCUGCGACUUCUUCGUGACACAGGAGUAGAAAGCAUGUUGGCCAAAUGCAAACGACUACACUUUGGUCCAAUGCGCGGUCUUCUUGACGUUUGUACGGUGGCUGUUGUUACGGAGAUGCUUCUCUGUCUUGAGGCUGAUGCAGGGAGUGAAAAUGUUAAGCGAGCCUUUCGUCACGAGGAGCUGGAGAUUCUCCUUAGCCCACGCAAACUCAUAGGCAGUGAAAUGUAUGAUGCUAUGAAGAGCCAUGAUCAUUCAUGUUUUGCUGCACGGUAUGGUUUGUUAAACUUGGGCGCUCGUAUAAAUGCCGCACUUGAAGCGGUUGUAAAGUUACCUGAGUCAAUGCAGCGGUAUACAGCUGAACUGGAAAAGUGGGGGGCGUUCAUUGGUCGUCCGCUGCGUCUGAGCAUUCGUGAUAUUUCCUCGUCGCACUUGUUGGCAGCACCGUUGAUGUUGGAUCAUGUAGGCGGAAAGUCGGUUCCGUCCUGGCAAUGCGGGUGUCGAAAGGUGAACCCUGUUCAGGCAAUGAACGUCUCGUGCAUAGGAUGCGUGUCGCGAGAUUUGGUGGAACAUGAGUGGACUUGCCCGCAUUGUUCGUGGAUUUCGGCGUCCGGGGACUACAUGGAUACCUGCCUUGGUUGUCACCGUCCUCACCCAUGUCGCCAGAUUCUCGCAGACGGUGUUGAUGUCACUCCCGGCUCGAAGGAGCUGCCUGUGACGCCGUUUCUGUGGUACUGUGAGGGGUGUUUCGCCUACUCUCCACUGGCUGGUGGUGAUGCUGCUGCAGGAGGAGGAAGUUGUAGUGAUUGUGAUCUUGGAGGCAAAGGUUGGUCAACAAGUUUCUUUGAGUGGAGAUGUGGAUGCGGUGAGGUCAACAGCCCUCUUCGACGGUGGUGCUGGGCAUGCAGCGUGAAGCGUAACCACGCGGCCUGCUGCUGCGUCACGUGCGGAAAGGAGUGGAAAUUGCAGCCUCGUCAUCGACUGGCGACGUCGGCGGUAGGGGAUAUCUGCCCAUCGUGCAAUGGAAUCCACCCACGUGACGUCGCAGCACGGCAACGCCGACUGCUGCGCUGUCCGUUUUGUCACUGGCUGACUCGCAUCGAUGAUGAAAGGUGCCAGAAUUGUAAACAGUGCAUAGGAGUCCUUCGUCAGUUUCUUGCUGGUUUACCUGAUUGCCCCUGGUCGUGUCACGUGUGUGGGUGCCAGCAUCACCAUCGUGACACCGAGGGUGCCCUUUAUCCACCAUGGCGUGAAUCUAUUGAAGCGUGCGGGGGUUGUGACGCGCCGCGAGUGGAUCCAGUGCUGUUUGGGAUGCAUGAGACCUGGGUCUGCGAGAGUUGCAGGGGUCAAUUGGUGCGGGGAUUUAACUGCCCUCGUUGUCUUUCCCUGCACCCCGCCAUCGCAGGAGUGGAGGUUCAUGCAUGGCGUUGUGUUGUAUGCCUGUCAGUGAACAACAGCUGGGAUGCUCUUUGCCAGCGUCGCGGUUGCGGAACACGACGCUCGGCCGACUCCACCGCGCUGCCGUAUUCCCCAUGGCGUUGCUCUCGAUGCGGGGGGCACAGCCGAAGUGCACAGGUUCCUCAGUGUGAACACUGUGGCACUGUCCGGGUGGCGGCGUAUCCUGCGCCGGAGUCUACGGUGGAUGCAAAGCGAUUGGGGCGACUUGCUGAGGUGGAGGGGAUCCUGGCAAACGCGGCUGCUGCGAAUGACGCCAAGGUACCAGAAAUGAAUUUGGGGAGUCUCCCGACCGACGAUUGGUCACGAUGUCUCGCAGACAGCAUACGGCUUGCCGUACCACUGGGAUGA